CGAGUUACUAAUAUUUCAGAUGCAUUCAGUGACCGAGGUGAUAUCGAUGACCAACCACUGUCAACUCUGAGGAGUCACUCUGGUCAAGAUCUGUGGACUUCUUUACCUAAAGAUGACACCACAAAAACAGUUCUAAAAGCGAAAACGAAAAAGUUCAGCUGUGAUAUAUGCGAGAAAAAGUUUUCAUACAAUGGCUCACUAGAGGUUCACAUGAAAAUACACACCGGAGAAAAGGCCUACCCAUGUCACAUCUGCAAUACGAAAUACAGCCUAAACAAGGAACUAAUAGAGCAUAUAAACACGCAACAUUCAGAAAACGGUACAUUUCCGUGUAAAUUAUGUACAAAAGUGUUUGAAAAAGCUCGUUUAUUGAAGUCACAUUUAAAAAUACACUUCAGCGAUGAAAAAUUUAAAUGCAAUCACUGUGAUAAAGAAUUCCAGAGAAAAAAGGGCUUGAAAGAGCACAUGAAGACGCACACAGGGGAAAGGAAAUUUACUUGCACGGUAUGUAACAAGUCGUUCGGACACAAUCAAACGUUGAAGUCACACAUUUUGACACACACAGGGGAGAGGCCGUAUGUGUGUGAUGUGUGUGGGCGAAGGUUUCCCCAAAGAACACAUCUGAAGAGACACAUAUUUAUCAUACACACCGGUGUCAAACCUCAUCGGUGUAAAGUCUGCAACAAGCAGUUUUCAAGUAAAAGCUACUUGUCGAUACACCAAAGACAACAUACUGGAGAGAGGCCAUAUGCGUGCGAAGUAUGCAAGAAAGACUUCACCGCAUACACAACACUAAAAGUGCAUAUGCGUGUUCAUACAGGCUUGAAACCGUACAUUUGCUCGUUUUGCGACCGACAAUUCGCUCAAAUGGCAAGCUUUAAGCUGCACGAAAGAACUCACACAGGCGAAAGGCCAUUUUCGUGCAAAGUGUGCAAAAAAGCCUUUUCCGAUAACGGCUACUUGAAAAUACAUAUGCGGGUGCAUACUGGCGAAAAACCGUUUAAUUGUGACAUAUGCAAGCGCUCCUUCAGAGAAACGGGACAGUUGAAACGUCAUAUGCGUGUACACACUGGUAUAAAACCUUACACGUGCAAGAUAUGCAACAAACAAAUCGGUAACUUAUCCAAGCAUAUGCGAGUACACUCAGACGAACGUCCGUUCAACUGUAAUAUAUGCAAUAAACAGUUUUCCAUUAACGGUAAUUUGAAAUUGCAUAUGCGUAUACACACCGGCGAAAGACCGUUUACCUGUGGCAUAUGCAACAGUCAUUUUACUCAAAGCAGUGGACUUAAAAGGCACAAAUGCUCGCAUGUUGGUAAAAUUGAUUGA